AAUAGAUUAUUUUUGUAUUUGCUGCACACCGCUUACAGACUGUUUGGUUUCAGGUUUACACCAAAAAUGUAUUUUGAAUUGUGUGUGAGAGUUCUUGUGCUCUCACUCUUGAUUUUUGGGCAGCAAGCAAAGGCACUCAGCUACAGAAGUGGAGGCUCCAGUGGCAUUACACCUCACUUUGAUUUUUCAAGAGUUCUUAAACCUGCUUCCACUUCCAGUGAUGAUAGUUCAGCACAGCCUGAGAGGGUUUUGGGUAGUUAUUCACCCUUUCAUGCUGAUGGGGCUUUAUCUGAGACUCUGAAGCCAGCUGCUGCACCAAGUGCAAGAGGUUAUAGUGGCUCUCAUGGUAGGCAAGUAGAUGGUUACAGUCCUGAGGGAAGUGUUUCUAGUUACGGGCCAAGCCAACCAAUAAUUAGUAAACCAAACCAACUACCUCAAGCUAAUCCUAGUGCAAAUGGUGUCCUUCCAACCAAAGGUGCCCAGUGGGCUUUCCCUUUGCCCCAUAAUCCAAACUCUUUUCAGUCUGGCAUUGCUUCAAGUUCUGCACUUGUGAUGCACUCUGGUCCCUACUCUGCAGUGCCAUCCAAGCCCCAGCAGCCCAAAAACCUUCCAAAGCCCCAGCAGGCCCGCUACAAGCCUAAGCCCCACCAGCCCAAACCUCAGCAGGCCGCCAACCCUUCAAAUCCCCUGCAGUCUUGGUACCGACCCAAACCUCAGCAGGAUGCAAAUCCUUCAAUUCCUCAGCAGGCCAAGCCCUACCAGCCCUCCUACCCUUUGAAACUUCAGCAGGCCACAAACUCUUCAAAUCCCCUGCAGUCUAGGUACCGACCUAAACCCCAGCAGACCAAGGCCAACCAGCCUUCCAACCCUUCAAGUCCCCUGCAGUCUAGGUACCGGCCAAAACCCCAGCAUCCUGCCUACCCUUCAAAUCCUCAGCAGGCCAAGCCUCAGCAGGCCGAACCCCUGCAAGGGGUGCUCCAAAGUAAAGCUGGCAUGUGGGACAUUCCUUCCGAAGUAAGUGUUGCUUCUGGCUCUAAUGUGCAGGGCAAGCCCUACCAGCCAGCAUACCCUUUGAAUCCCCAGCGGGCUACCAACCCUUCAAGUUCCCUGCAGUCUAGGUACCGGCCAAAACCCCAGCAGCCUUCCUACCCUUCAAAUCCCCUGCAGUCUAGGUACCUGCCAAAACCCCAGCAUCCUGCCUACCCUUCAAAUCCUCAGCAGGCCGAACCCCUGCAAGGGGUGCUCCAAAGUAAAGCUGGCAUGUGGGACAUUCCUUCCGAAGUAAGUGUUGCUUCUGGCUCUAAUGUGCAGGCCAAGCCCUACCAGCCAGCAUACCCUUUGAAUCCCCAGCGGGCUACCAACCCUUCAAAUCCCCUGCAGUCUAGGUACCGGCCAAAACCCCAGCAUCCUGCCUACCCUUCAAAUCCCCUGCAGUCUAGGUACCGGCCAAAACCCCAGCAUCCUGCCUACCCUUCAAAUCCUCAGCAGGCCAAGCCUCAGCAGGCCGAACCCUUGCAAGGGGUGCUCCAAAGUAAAGCUGGCAUGUGGGACAUUCCUUCCGAAGUAAGUGUUGCUUCUGGCUCUAAUGUGCAGGCCAAGCCCUACCAGCCAGCAUACCCUUUGAAUCUCCAGUGGGCUACCAACCCUUCAAGUUCCCUGCAGUCUAGGUACCGGCCAAAACCCCAGCAGCCUUCCUACCCUUCAAAUCCCCUGCAGUCUAGGUACCGGCCAAAACCCCAGCAUCCUGCCUACCCUUCAAAUCCUCAGCAGGCCGAACCCCUGCAAGGGGUGCUCCAAAGUAAAGCUGGCAUGUGGGACAUUCCUUCCGAAGUAAGUGUUGCUUCUGGCUCUAAUGUGCAGGCCAAGCCCUACCAGCCAGCAUACCCUUUGAAUCCCCAGCGGGCUACCAACCCUUCAAAUCCCCUGCAGUCUAGGUACCGGCCAAAACCCCAGCAUCCUGCCUACCCUUCAAAUCCCCUGCAGUCUAGGUACCGGCCAAAACCCCAGCAUCCUGCCUACCCUUCAAAUCCUCAGCAGGCCGAACCCUUGCAAGGGGUGCUCCAAAGUAAAGCUGGCAUGUGGGACAUUCCUUCCGAAGUAAGUGUUGCUUCUGGCUCUAAUGUGCAGGCCAAGCCCUACCAGCCAGCAUACCCUUUGAAUCUCGAGUGGGCUACCAACCCUUCAAGUUCCCUGCAGUCUAGGUACCGGCCAAAACCCCAGCAGCCUUCCUACCCUUCAAAUCCCCUGCAGUCUAGGUACCGGCCAAAACCCCAGCAUCCUGCCUACCCUUCAAAUCCUCAGCAGGCCGAACCCCUGCAAGGGGUGCUCCAAAGUAAAGCUGGCAUGUGGGACAUUCCUUCCGAAGGAAGUGUUGCUUCUGGCUCUAAUGUGCAGGCCAAGCCCUACCAGACAGCAUACCCUUUGAAUCCCCAGCGGGCUACGUACCGGCCAAAACCCCAGCAUCCUGCCUACCCUUCAAAUCCUCAGCAGGCCAAGCCUCAGCAGGCCGAACCCCUGCAAGGGGUGCUCCAAAGUAAAGCUGGCAUGUGGGACAUUCCUUCCGAAGUAAGUGUUGCUUCUGGCUCUAAUGUGCAGGCCAAGCCCUACCAGCCAGCAUACCCUUUGAAUCCCCAGCGGGCUACCAACCCUUCAAAUCCCCUGCAGUCUAGGUACCGGCCAAAACCCCAGCAUCCUGCCUACCCUUCAAAUCCCCUGCAGUCUAGGUACCGGCCAAAACCCCAGCAUCCUGCCUACCCUUCAAAUCCUCAGCAGGCCAAGCCUCAGCAGGCCGAACCCCUGCAAGGGGUGCUCCAAAGUAAAGCUGGCAUGUGGGACAUUCCUUCCGAAGGAAGUGUUGCUUCUGGCUCUAAUGUGCAGGCCAAGCCCUACCAGCCAGCAUACCCUUUGAAUCCCCAGCGGGCUACCAACCCUUCAAGUCCCCUGCAGUCUAGGUACCGGCCAAAACCCCAGCAUCCUGCCUACCCUUCAAAUCCUCAGCAGGCCGAACCCCUGCAAGGGGUGCUCCAAAGUAAAGCUGGCAUGUGGGACAUUCCUUCCGAAGGAAGUGUUGCUUCUGGCUCUAAUGUGCAGGCCAAGCCCUACCAGCCAGCAUACCCUUUGAAUCCCCUGCGGGCUACCAACCCUUCAAGUCCCCUGCAGUCUAGGUACCGGCCAAAACCCCAGCAGCCUUCCUACCCUUCAAAUCCCCUGCAGUCUAGGUACCGGCCAAAACCCCAGCAUCCUGCCUACCCUUCAAAUCCUCAGCAGGCCAAGCCUCAGCAGGCCGAACCCCUGCAAGGGGUGCUCCAAAGUAAAGCUGGCAUGUGGGACAUUCCUUCCGAAGUAAGUGUUGCUUCUGGCUCUAAUGUGCAGGCCAAGCCCUACCAGCCAGCAUACCCUUUGAAUCCCCAGCGGGCUACCAACCCUUCAAAUCCCCUGCAGUCUAGGUACCGGCCAAAACCCCAGCAUCCUGCCUACCCUUCAAAUCCCCUGCAGUCUAGGUACCGGCCAAAACCCCAGCAUCCUGCCUACCCUUCAAAUCCUCAGCAGGCCAAGCCUCAGCAGGCCGAACCCCUGCAAGGGGUGCUCCAAAGUAAAGCUGGCAUGUGGGACAUUCCUUCCGAAGGAAGUGUUGCUACUGGCUCCAAUGUGCAGGCCAAGCCCUACCAGCCAGCAUACCCUUUGAAUCCCCAGCGGGCUACCAACCCUUCAAAUCCCCUGCAGUCUAGGUACCGGCCAAAACCCCAGCAUCCUGCCUACCCUUCAAAUCCUCAGCAGGCCAAGCCUCAGCAGGCCGAACCCCUGCAAGGGGUGCUCCAAAGUAAAGCUGGCAUGUGGGACAUUCCUUCCGAAGGAAGUGUUGCUUCUGGCUCUAAUGUGCAGGCCAAGCCCUACCAGCCAGCAUACCCUUUGAAUCCCCAGCGGGCUACCAACCCCUCAAGUCCCCUGCAGUCUAGGUACCGGCCAAAACCCCAGCAGCCUUCCUACCCUUCAAAUCCCCUGCAGUCUAGGUACCGGCCAAAACUCCAGAAUCCUGCCUACCCUUCAAAUCCUCAGCAGGCCAAGCCUCAGCAGGCCGAACCCCUGCAAGGGGUGCUCCAAAGUAAAGCUGGCAUGUGGGACAUUCCUUCCGAAGUAAGUGUUGCUUCUGGCUCUAAUGUGCAGGCCAAGCCCUACCAGCCAGCAUACCCUUUGAAUCCCCAGCGGGCUACCAACCCUUCAAGUCCCCUGCAGUCUAGGUACCGGCCAAAACCCCAGCAGCCUUCCUACCCUUCAAAUCCCCUGCAGUCUAGGUACCGGCCAAAACCCCAGCAUCCUGCCUACCCUUCAAAUCCUCAGCAGGCCAAGCCUCAGCAGGCCGAACCCCUGCAAGGGGUGCUCCAAAGUAAAGCUGGCAUGUGGGACAUUCCUUCCGAAGGAAGUGUUGCUUCUGGCUCUAAUGUGCAGGCCAAGCCCUACCAGCCAGCAUACCCUUUGAAUCCCCAGCGGGCUACCAACCCUUCAAGUCCCCUGCAGUCUACGUACCAGCCCAAACCCCAGCAUCCUACCUACCCUUCAAACCCUCAGCAGCCCAAACCUCAGCAGACCAAACUCCUGCAAGGGGUGCUCCAAAGUAAAGCUGGCAUGUGGGACAUUCCUUCCCAAGGAAGUGUUGCUUCUGGCUCUAAUGUGCAGCCCACUGACUCAAACUCGCACUUGAAUGUUGACCCAAGAAAUUCCAAUGUCAUUCCUGUUCCAGCCCAGGUGGCAACUGGUGCCGGUGUAGAACAGACAUCAUUGACCUUCCUAACUGUUCCUGUACUUGCCUGGAAGCAGUCUGAACUGGCAUCAACUUUGAAUUUAAUAAAAUAAUUGGAACACACA